AUGGCUAUUGAACACAAUGAAGCUGCGGCAAGUAGCUUUGCGGAGACUGCUUUUAGCCAGUUUCCCCCUUUACCGCAGGAUUCGCACGUAUCCAGCCCAACCAAACGCCUCGUUCUUGACUCUUUGAAGUUGGAUGCCCCUACAAUUGAGGACCUUGAUCAUAUUCUCCACCUCGGCUGGGCAUUGGUGCUCGCCAGUCAUACCGACUCUGACCAGGUUUUAUUUGGUACCGCUCACCAUGGACGGGCUACGGACCACGGCGAUCAAGCGAUCAUGCCUUUCCGUUUCAAAGUGCAGCCUGACGCAUCGGUAGAGGAGAGCAUGACUGCCGUCGCUGGCUAUCAACGCGAACUCAGCAAAUUUGAACAUUUGGGACUGGACAAGUACAGUACCAAAGGCUUAGACUAUGUGGUGCUAUGUCAGUUUCGGAACUUGCUGGUCGUGACCGGCGAGCAACAGCCCAUUCCUGCGCCCUCCUAUACCCAAAGAUACCCUCUCACGGUCUCCUGCGCGUAUCAGAACUCGCACUCAGUCCAAAUUUAUGUCGACUUUGAUCCUGUUAUACUACAGCCAGACAUGAUCAGGAUCAUGUUGACCCAGUUUACCGAUAUUCUGACUGCGUCAAUCGCUGAUCCGCGGGCUCAGAUCCGGGGCAUACAAGGAAUCGGCGCACAGGGAUGGAAACAGCUGCUUGAAUGGAACCGUGCAGGACAAUCUGCGGACCCAGUUAAGAUCCGUGGGGACCACCAGAUUGAAGAGCGCCUGAAGAAAACGCCCAACGCAAAAGCGGUUUGCACCUCAGAUGGCACGUUGACUUAUGAACAGCUUGAUCAUUGGGCCUCUCAAAUUGCUCAGCAGCUAGUUGAUAUGGGAGUUAAGCCUGGAAAGUUUGUUGGUAUUGUCACGCCAAAGUCGGUCGUGGCAACAGUCGGCAUGGUCGCGGCAAUGAAGGCCGGGGGUGCCUUUGUGCUUCUGCCGCCUUCCUUUCCUACUUUUCGUCUGCAGACCAUGUGUCAAAAAACGCCAGUACAUGUGAUUCUAUCAAACUCAACAACUCUUGCAUUGGCCCGAGAGCUGGGCCUUCCUGUGGUGGGAAUCCAUGAUGACAUACAGAAAGGUGCCUCCGCUGGACUGGGCAACAACUUUGAUCCCAUCCCUACUGAGCCCCAUCAUCCCCUUUACGCCAUUUUUACCUCUGGGUCAACUGGCGAGCCCAAGGGGGCUUUGGUCAGUCGUGGGUCCUAUGGAUCUGGAAUCCGGGGAUUUUGCAGCCGAACUGGACUGGGAGAGAAUACUCGCGUGUUCCAAGCCUCUCCUUACGCGUUCGUGAUAAGCAUCAUUGAGCAGCUAAACGCAUUAGCAGUGGGUGCAUGUAUCUGCAUUCCCUCAGAAUACCAGCUGCAGAAUGAUUUUGAGUCAACAAUGGCCAAUUUGAAUGUGAGCUUUGGCUUCUUAACACCGUCCUUGGCCCGAACCCUGAACCCCCGAAAGAUCACCAGUCUCGAAAUCCUUUUAUUGACCGGUGAACCCGUCAAAGAUGAAGAUGUGAAGAAGUGGAUGGGCCACGUUACGCUUUACUCUCUCUACGGCCUAUCGGAGCUUUCUGGGAGUGUCCUAAUCAAGGAUCUCACUGGACUGCCAUCAUCCAAUCAAGGCCUCGGGUAUAUUACGAACGGUGCCUGUUGGAUUGUAGAUCCAGAUGAUCAUACUCAGUUAAGGCCGAUUGGUAUGGAGGGAGAGCUACUUAUCGAGAGUUCUACAAUGGCCACAGGAUACAUAAAUAAUAUGGAGCAGACGGCAGCAACAUUCGUGGAGCAGCCAAAGUGGCUCCAGGAAAUUCGUCCAAGCGACGAACCAGGUCGAUGUCUGAAAACGGGCGACUUGGUACGAUACCAAAACCUCACCGGCGAAAUCCAAUUGCUGAGGCGGAAAGGAAGGCAGACUAAAAUCCGUGGCCAGCGUGUCGAACUAGGGGAGGUCGAAUCCGCUCUCCUCGUUCACUUCCCUACAGCAAAGCUUGUCGUUGUCGAUGUCCUCACCUCGGCCGCCGAAAAAAAGAGCAACCCAUCCUGGUGGCAUUCGUCCAUGACCCUUCCCUCCAUGAAAGCGCGUCGUGCAACUGCUGAGCUGCGCAAGGUCCUCCCAUCUUACAUGAUCCCCAGCAGUAUUCUCCCCAUUCGCUUCAUUCCGAGAACGGUCACCGGGAAGAUUUCUCGAAAGGAUAUGAUUGAAUCUGCAUCACGGUUGAGUUUGACUGAGAUUCUGAAAUACAACGAGGACCAGGUUCUAUAUCGGGGUCCAAGCACCCCGAGCGAGCAGAUUCUGCAGUCAGUUUGUGAGAAGCUGUUGCGACUUCCCGCCGAGAGUGUCAGCCUCGAUGACAACUUCUUUUAUGUCGGUGGAGAUUCGUUGACUGCUCGCCGGUUUUCCAGCAUGGCGCGCGCACAAGGGUUGAUAUUCAGCGUUGCUCAAGUGUUUGAAGAGGCCACUUUAGCAUCAUUGGCACGAUCUAGCCUUUUGUCCACUGCCCAAGCUGAACCCGGUCCCCACGCCGCUGUUGUUCCGAAGGAAGAUCCCUUUGCGACGAUUCGGGGAGAAUUCGUCAAUAAUCUCCCUUCCUUCCUGGAGGCGAGUGACAUCGAAGACGUGUGGCCUACCGGCGAGGUGCAGAGAAUGUUUCUCGGUCAUAACUUGAUCGAACAAUAUCCUUGGAAAAUCGAAGGUCAAUUGGAUAAGCAUAAGCUACGCCAGGCAUGUCAAUCGUUCAUUGACCGGUUUCCUGUUUUCCGAUCUAUCUUUGUCCCAUUUCGCGGCAAAAUAUUGCAGGUAACUCUACGUCAUGUCAAGGCUCCGCUUAUCGAGCUACAAGCGCCGGAAGGGGAAGAUCUGAUGGCUUGGAUAGACUCAUAUGCCAAGGGACCCGAGGAGACCAAACCUUUGGCGGAUCAGCCCAUGUUGAAAUUCACCCUUGUCCAGGGUGGCCCACAAGAAUAUGCCUUUUUGCUACGUCUAUCUCAUGCUCAAUAUGAUGGUGGUUGCUUCAAGCAGAUUUCAGAGGAGCUGACUGCAGAUUUCAACAAUCAGGGGGGCCCGUGGCAUGCCCGUUCUCGAUACGGAGAGGAUACCCCAGUUAUCCACAUGGGCGAAUGCUCCCCUGCCACUCCUCCCACCGGAAUCACGGUGGCUACGGCUAUCAAAGCCGCCUGGUCGUAUGUUUUAGCGCAGAAGACUGGUCAAUCGGAUGUUCUGUUUGGCCAAAUGGGCAGUUGCCGGGGAAUCGAUCUUCCUGGGGCUGAGGAUACCCUCGGGAUGUGUUUGAACACUACGCCUGUGCGUGUUCGAUUCGAGGGAAUAGAGACAGUCCAGGGCCUCUUUCGUGCCAUUCAGGACCAGUAUAUCCAGUCGAUGGAGUUCAAUACGAUUGAAUGGACUGAUAUGCUGAUCAACAGCACUAAUUGGCCCCAAGAUACGCAGCUGGACUCGGUUGUUUUGCAUGAGAACAUCCCCAACAUUCCUGGACUUGAGUUUCCAGGUGGUAUUCAAGGCCGCAUUGGUACGCCAGUUUUCACCACGCCUGCGUACAAGUCUCAUAUGCUCUUAACUUGGCCUGGGAAUCAAAAAUUGACUAUAAUGUUGAUGGGGAGGCAGAAUGUGUUGGAUAAGGAUUUUGCCGAAACCUUGGUGAAGAAUUUCGGUACGACCUUGGUGAAGUUUUUGGAUUCCCCCAAUGUUCUCUUGAGUUCUCUGGAGCCCAUGUUCUGA